GUCAGACAUGAACACAAUAAACUUUCCUAGGCGCCGUGUUGUCGAGAUAUAUGUUGCGCGUUGUGGUACUACGAUUACACGUAUACCUCCGAGCGGAAACGCGGGCAUUGUCAGUCGAUGUUUAAGAGGCUAGCUGAUUUGUUUCGCAGGCGCGUUGACAAAAACUUUUUCGCGGUUAUUAUGGCUGAGCAACAACAACAACAAGACGGACUCUGCUUUCUAGGCAAGCUGGAUCGAUACAACAGCGUCAUCGUUGACUCAACAAAGGAGCCCUGUGAGCCAAACAACUUCCCGCAUCGGCUUCAAGGUGCUUCACAUUGACAUUCAUUGCGCUACUUAUGGUCAAUGCCUCUCUGGAUCAGUGGAUCAAAGAUAAGAAGAGAACGAUAUGGUUCAGAGUGGAUAUCGGUCAGAGUCACUGGAUACCCGAGCUGACCAAAAGAGACUUCAAGUUUCAUCACGCCAAGGAAGAUCAGGCCACUUUGUACCGCUGGCUACCCAGUCACGAGAAUUGCAACGUGCCUCCGUACGCCCAUACUGUGCUAGGAGUUGGCGCUGUCGUCUUGAACGACGAAACCGGGGAGAUACUCGUUGUCAAGGAGGAACACGGAAUCUCCAAUAAUUGGAAAUUGCCCGGGGGGUACGUCGAGCCCGGAGAAGAUCUCACCUCUGCUGUGGAGAGGGAGGUUUUCGAAGAGACUGGUGUCGUUGCCAAGUUCAAGUGCAUGCUGGCUCUCAGACACGCCCACGAUUGCGUCUUUGGGUGCUCUGACAUUUACACGAUUUCAUGCUUGGUUCCCACGACAUUUGAAAUCGUCAAGUGUAGUAGAGAGAUUAAGGAAUGUAAAUGGAUGAAACUUGAAGAAUUUAUGUCCGAUCCAAAUGUUCAUCAAAACAAUCGCCUGCUGGCAUCCAAGGUGAAGGAACAUCUGGAUCACAGGAUGGGCAUCACUGUAGACAAUGCCAUACAUCCAAUCACCAAGAAGCCUCUGCGAGUUUACAGUUUAUCUAAAAUUUAACCCACUUAAUGUUUUAAUUACCUAAUAUAUGUAUAAUAUAUAUGUAAUUCGUGCAAUCAGCCUACAUAGUUCAAAUCGUCACUACAAUUAUAAUUGUAAUCUGUGAUGUGUUCGAUCACCGCAAAGCGCACAAAUCUUUACUUUUAAGCUGUUGAUGUUAAAUUUGUUAAUUUGAUAUAAUUUGUACAUUAUAGGUAGCUUUGAAUACAACAAAAGUAUUUGUACAAAUUUAAAAAAAAGUAAUAAUAAUUGGUACAAACGGGUUUUUACCAUAGCUUUAG